AUGAGACCAGCAAACCUCACGAGAGUUUCAGAUUUUCUUCUUUUAGGAUUUUCUGAGGAGCCAGAGCUGCAGCCCCUCAUCUUUGGGCUCUUCCUGUCCAUGUACCUGGUCACCGUGCUGGGGAACCUGCUCAUCAUCCUGGCCACCAUCUCCGACGCCCGCCUCCACACGCCCAUGUACUUCUUCAUCUCCCACCUGUCCUUCAUUGACAUCUGCUUCACCUCCACCACCGUCCCCAAGAUGCUGGUGAACCUCCGGACGGAGAGCAAGACCAUUACCUACGAGGGCUGCCUCACCCAGAUGUAUUUCUUCGUUCUCUUUGGAGUGUUGGACAUCUUCCUCCUGGCGCUGAUGUCUUACGACCGCUUCGUGGCCAUCUGCCACCCCCUGCACUACAUGGUCAUCAUGAACCCUCAACUCUGUGCGCUGCUGGUGUUGGUGUGCUGGGUCAUUAGUGAAUUAAACUCCUUGCUACAGUGCUUAAUGGUCCUGCACCUGACCUUCUGCCCGGAGAUCCCCAUCCCCCACUUCUUCUGCGAUCUCAAUCAGCUGGUUCAACUGGCCUGUUCAGACAACUUCAUCCCUACCUUGGUGCUUUAUUUGCUGUCGGCUCUGCUGGCGGGCGGUCCCCUGGCUGGCAUCCUUUACUCCUACUCCAAGAUCAUCGCCUCCAUCCGGAGAAUCUCCUCCGCUCAGGGCAAGUAUAAGGCGUUUUCCACCUGCGCUUCUCACCUCUCCGUCGUCUCCUUAUUUUUCUGCACCGCCCUGGGAGUGUACAUGAGCUCCGCUCUCCCGCAUAACUCACACACGAGCUCCAUCGUCUCGGUGAUGUACACGGUGGUCACCCCCAUGCUGAACCCCUUCAUCUACAGCCUCAGGAACAGAGACAUCAAGGGCGCUCUGAGAAGACUUUUUGCGAUGAUGGUUCUGAAAAGACCCUUCGUCCUGGGCCUGAAGUUGUGCUCAUGA